UUCUGCUCUGAUCUACUGUUUGAUCAUUAAUGAGAACGAGCGCUUCCUGGAUUCAAACCGCUCCUGUCUGAAUGUAUAACAUCUUCUACGCAUUGGCUAAAAUAUUACAGCACUCCAAACCUCUCUUUAAAAGUAAGAUUAAAAUUACUUUAUUCUCACGGAACGGUUAUGUUUAACCUGAAAACACGUCGACGCGUGACAUAAUGUUGGCAGGCAGCUGACUCAUGGCCCAGAGCAUGACUCAAUCUUUGUCACGUGAUUAGUUCCAACAUGCCCACAGACCGGUCAUUCAUCAGCUGCUCUGCAGUCACAUAGUCCUGUCGAAGAUGGACACAGAAGAGUCAAGUGUCAGUGUUUCUACUAUAUUCACGUUCUUGUUGUUGCUUUCCCCCAUCGUGUCUCUUGAAGGUGAGUUUGAUGUGGUCGGAUCACUUCAGCCUAUCCUGGCUGCUCCAGGUGAUGAUGUCAUCCUGCCGUGUCGCGUGGAGCCAAAGUUUAAUGUGGCGGGGUUGACGGUGGAGUGGUCGAGGCCCGAUCGUCGUCCUGACCCCAACGACCGUCUGAGUCGAGUGGAAUAUGUUCAUCUUUACAGAGAUGCCCGAGAGGUCCCCGACAUGAAGAUCCCAUCAUACGUCGGGAGGACGGCGUUGUUCACAGACAGCCUGAGAGAAGGAAACAUCUCACUAAGAAUCACUAAUGUGACACAAGAAGAUGAAGGAAGAUACAGAUGUUUCAUCCCAAAGUUAAAGAGUCAAAUACAGUCUUCAAUUGUUCAUCUGAUUGUUGCUGAAACUAUGACAACAGAGACGCCACUGCAUCCUGAAACUCUCCAAACUCCUGAGGACGAGUUUCACAGUAAAGGUGGUUUGUCCCGUCGGAGCCGACUGAUCCCACUUGUGGUUUUCUGUGUUUUUAUUCUGCUCUGUGUCGCAGUCGCAGGACACCGGUUCACAGAGUUGAAGCAUUGAAAAACAGAACUUGCGAGUGCAGCUUUGUAGGUGGACGCAUUGGAAACAUUAACAGAGGCGCAAGCAUCACCCACUUUACUUGAACGUUAAUUAAAAGCAUUGAUUUUUCCAGCCUCAUGUGGACACAGCAGCUCUGCAGCAGGAGGAUUUCACUAUGUCCUGUAAUUUUCUUGGAGUCAACAACAACCAUCCUUUUUGCCAAAUUCAACUUGUGGGAUCAAACUUUAAAAGCGUGAGGACCUAAAAUUUUGAUGCCUUGCUCAUGGGCACAUUGGAAACAUUAAGAGAGGAGAAAGUGCCAACUUCUUACUUACUUUGAGAUGUUUUUUAUUUGUUUGAGGAGCCGAAGAACUUUUCUAGCCUCCUGUGGGCACAGUGGGCCUGCAGCAGGUGAAUAUCAUGACGUCCUGCAGUUUGUUUGGACCUGAAUUCUACCUUUAAUCCCUGUGAUGGUGCCUGAGAUUGUAUGACUGGUCUGUUGACUUCCAAAGGGUUGAACCACAGGUUGUACUGCAGCACUAAGACUGAAAUUGUUUUGUGAGACUUUGAUCAAAUCUUAAUAACCUCACAUAUAAAUUCUCUUGCAUGUGAGGUUAUUUACAAAGAAACACUUAAGUCUAAUUGGAUGUCCUUUCACGAGAACUAGAUCUGAAGUGCUUUAACUGUUCUUGCAUUUAUGCCUGUGUUAGUUUGAACUUUUUUUGUAGCUUGUGGGAACAUGAAAUGCUAGUUUAGCUACUAAGAAAAUGAAACCUGUUUAAAAGCCCCUUAGAGUCAUCUUGUAUUUUGAGGAGAUAUGAGUGAAUAUUUGCACUUUGUUUUGUAUUAUGGGUGAAGUCUUACUUUAUUCUGCCCUUUAGAGAGCGGACUACAACAGUACUAGAUCAGGUUGAACUCAUGUAAACAUGUUUGCUGUGAUGUGAUUGUAGGUAUUUAAUUUGUCUUUUGGGACAGCUUGGAGCUAAAGGUGCUUUCCAUGGGUUUGUUUUGUUAAAGUUCCUAACUGUCACUCUGACAUACUGAUUGUUUUUAUCAAGCUCAACUUUCUGCUUCCUUCUUACGGAAGGAAUAUCUAAUACAUAGUUCUGUUGUUUUAGGCCUUAUUCUAUUUAAAAAUGUCUCUUAAAGAAAAGCAGGUCUUCUCUUUAAA